GCACCUCUGUGUGAUAAUCAGCUGAAGUAAGUGUGCGGGGAGUGGCACACACACUGUUUGGGGAGGCAUGAGAUUGAAGAUCUUGCGGUGAGGACAGGAGAGAGUGGCAGUGCAGGGUGGAACUUUUAUUUCAGAUUAGUCUUCUCCGCUCCUGGUUUCCCUCAUGGCGUACGCAGCAUACUGGAUGAGUCGUCAAAAAGGAGGAGCUGCUUCCCCACUCGGUGUCCAGCAUAGUAGCAAGCCGUCAGUCUACUAUUCCACGACAGGGUCCUACUAUGGCAAGUCGCAGCCUAGCCAGGCCACACCCAAACCGGCAGCUCAGGUCUCCACCGUGAAGCCUGCACAGUUUGAGAAGGCAUCAACGGGUUCCGCCAUGGCUACAAAGCCUGGGGUGGCUGCCACAGGGGGAGCCAUAGGAAGUGGCGUUGCGGCGGGAGGAAGUGCUUCAGUUGGGACAGCAGGGAAAGCCAAGCCAGAGACUAACACUACGUCGGCAGGUGCUACUGUUAUUGACAUGUUGUCCGCUGGGGCUACUGUUGUUGACAUGACAUCAGCAGCUGCGAGGGGCGGUCCUAAAGAGAUGCCACAGACUGCACCUGUCUCCCAAGUCAAAGCCACAGCUACAGUUCCUUCUCCGGCCGCUGGAGCAGCUGCAGCCGCUGGCACGGCAGCGACCACUUCUGUGGCCAAACCUAAAGAGUCAUCCAAAGACACAGCCAAGGUGCAGGUAGAGGUUCCUUCCACAGCAGCUAAAGGAGCCAAAGAGGCACCAGCGUUGGAUCCACUUGAUGCCCUGGCCAGCAUACUGCCAUCGGCUGAUCCUGUCACGCCUCCACAGCCUGUAUUCACCGGGCCAGAGGUCAAAGAGCAUGGCAUCACCUCUGAGAAGGCUCAGAAGUGUGGAGAACGAGACGACACGCUGCCUCCAGGUUACAGAUUUAAAGAUAUGGCUCCAGUUCCUGCAGAUGUUAAACCUAAGGAAGUUCCUAAACCACUGAGCACAGACGAGGCCCUGAAUUCCCUUUCAGCUGGAUUCAUGACGUCCACUGCUCCAGCUGUACCCAGCAAGCAAGAGAACAAAGGUCAUGCAGGCAUCGUCAGUGCCUCAUCUGCUGGCCCUGCUAGCUUUGCACCACCUCCUGUGAAGAAAGGUGAAACUACUGCACCAGUUCCCCCUGUGGCUGUGUGUCCUGCUCCUCCUGCUGACAAGAAAGCCAAGAUGGAGAAAGAUGCUUUCUCUCUGGAGGCUGGACUUCCCUCUGCUCCUGUCACGAAAUCAGCUGCUCCUCCUGCUGAUAAAAAAGCCAAGAUGGAGCAAACCGCUUCUGAUUUCUCUCUGAAGGCUGGACCGGGCACCAAGCCCAAGACCAAUGAGGGAGGCUCCAUGUCUCUGGAUGCUCUCAGUGCUCUUGGCGACACGUUGGCAGCAGACGUACCAAAACCUGAAUCCCCCAAACUCAGGCCCGAGGACAUCGUCUCGGAGGACAAAUUCAAGAAGGAGAAGGGUGUGCGUGUUGGAGAGAGGGACGACACACUUCCUCCAGAGUAUAGGUUUAAAAAGGAGGAUCUUGAAAAACUGCCUGCUCCUAAACCUGAGCCCACCAUGGGCACAGGUGAGGCUCUGGACAUUUUGUCUGGAGACUUCAUGAGCUCCUCAGCAGCUCCUGCCGUCCAGGCUCCUGUUGUCGCCCCCCCAGCUCCUUCUGUACAGAAAGCCCCAGUGGUUCCCCCUGUGGCUGUGUGUCCUCCUGCUGAUAAGAAACCCAAGACGGAGAAAGUCUCGGGUGAUUUCUCUCUGGAAGCUGGACUUUCAGCUUCUACUGCCAAGAAAGUUGAAUCCUCUGCAGUUCCCCCUGCUGAGAAGAAGGGCAAAGCAGAGAAAGCUGCUGCUAAAAAAGACACCACUGAGGCCAAGCCCAAGACUGAGCAGGGAGGCUCCAUGUCUCUGGAUGCUCUCAGCGCUCUCGGUGGCACGUUGCCAGCAGAUGCACCAAAACCCGAAUCCCCCAAACUCAGGCCUGAGGACAUUGUCUCGGAGGACAAAGCUAAGAAGGAGAAGGGUGUGCGUGUAGGAGAGAGGGACGACACACUUCCUCCAGAGUACAGGUUUAAAAAGGAGGAACUUGAAAAGCUGCCUGCUCCUAAACCUGAGCCCACCAUGGGCACGGGUGAGGCUCUGGACAUUUUGUCUGGAGACUUCAUGAGCUCCUCAGCAGCUCCUGCAGUCCAGGCUCCUGGUGUCACCCCCUCAGCUCCUCCUGCACAGACCAAGGUAGAGGAUUUGUCAGCUUUGGAUGUACUUUCUGGAGAUUUUGUGGCUCCAGCUAAAGCUUCUGGAGUUCAGGCACCUGUCCCUCCAUCUAGCAAGAAGGCACCAGAGAGAACAGUUUGUCCUCUGGAGCAGCCCUGCCCAAUGGAUGUUAUUCCCGCACAGCCACAACACGGAAAACCCAAGAUUGAGAAGGGAGGCUCCAUGUCUCUGGAUGCUCUCAGUGCUCUUGGCGACACGUUGGCAGCAGACGUACCAAAACCUGAAUCCCCCAAACUCAGACCCGAGGACAUUGUCUCGGAGGACAAACUCAAGAAGGAAAAGGGUGUGCGUGUAGGAGAGAGGGACGACACACUUCCUCCAGAGUACAGGUUUAAUAAGGAGGAACUCAAAAAACUGCCUGCUCCUAAACCUGAGCCCACCAUGGGCACUGGUGAGGCUCUGGACAUUUUGUCUGGAGACUUCAUGAGCUCCUCAGCAGCUCCUGCCGUCCAGGCUCCUGUUGUCGCCCCCUCAGCUCCUCCUGCACAGCCCUCUGCAGACUUUGCUCUGGAUGCCUUGGCCGGAGACUUUGUUGCCUCCACCGCUGCUCCGACAGUGAAGUCUGCUGCUCCGGUUCCCACAGGAACCGAAUCGCAGCUGGGAGCAGGAGCAGACAGUGCCCUGGAUGUUCUGUCAGACACCCUGAAGGAUAUCGCACCCGCCCCUCAGCCCGCCCCAGUUCCUGCAAAAGACAUUGUCAAGGAGAAGAAGGUUGUUGAGGAGAAGCUGAUUAAAAUGGGAGAGAGAGACGACACGCUGCCACCAGAGUAUCAACCUACUGCAGAAGAUCUUAAAAAAAUGAAAGAAGCAAAGACAAAAGCAGCUGCAGCACCCAAGGAGAAGACCAUGGAUGAUAAGACAGCCUUGGACCUGCUGUCCAGUGAUUUCUCUGCUGCGCCCAAGCCUGCAGCACCAGUCACAUCAUCUGCAGACACAACAAAGCUGGAACCUCCUGUGCUGGACUCAGAGCCCUUGAAGCCAAUGCCUGGCCCUGUUCUGGACUCCAUGGCCAGCACCCUGCUCCCAGACGUCCCAGAGUUCAAAUCCAAAACAGACAAACCAAAGGGCAAGAGCAAGUCAAAGUCAAAGUCAAAAAAACACCACGCAGAGGAGCCGUCUGCCACUGACCAGCUAUCAGCUCAGCUAAGCUCAGACGUUGUACCAACAUCUGCAAAGCAGGGAGGCAAGAGCUAGAGCACUAGGUUGUCGGUGCAAUUUGUCUGCAAGGCCACAGGGAUGCAUCAGUGAGGGAGCAGCUGGAUCAUGAUUAUAUUUUUCUAAAUCGUCAAGAAUGUAUACUGGAUGAAAGACAAGCCUAAAUGUACCCAUAACACUUGCUCACCACACACACACACACACACACACGCGCACACACACACACACACGCACACGCACACACACACACACGCACACGCACACACACACAUCUGCGUGCAGCACCUUUCUUGUUCGGUUUCAUAUGUAUUCAAGGAUGAAGAGCUUUUGUUUUUUGUCUUUGGAAGAAAUGAAAAGAAGACUUUUUAAAACAAGGUGGAUGUAAAGAAUGAGUGAUGAACAGACAAAGCAAGGAGGGAAACUGUGGGGGAAGAGAAGAGUUUAAGACACGUAAAAAAAAAACAAAAAAACAAACAAAUCAUUUUGCUGGUCGCUUUGUUGAGCGCGUUGCAGGAAGGAAGGUGUUGCCCGUCAGAGUCCUGUACAUCAUGUACACCUCAGCUGACAGUUUCUGUUUUGUCAAUGAUACACUGCACCGCUGGUUUUUUUUUAAACCUGGUGAUAUUGUGACUUUGGUUGUGGGGGUGGUGACUGUCAGCUUGUGUGGGAGUAGUACGGAGUGGAGUGUAUAGUAUCGGGAUGUUUGUGCAAUCUUGAUGUACACAGAAAAGCCAAUUCUUUUUUUACCCCGAUGUGGUCAGAUGCCAUUAAGACACUAGUGUACAGCUUAGUUUGCCUAUAUUUUGGACAACACAUAGUUUACAAUGCUAAUAAAUAUGUGGAGGAUUUUCAGGAGGUGUUCUGCUUAAUUCUGUAUCUGAGAGCUUCUUGCGAAUGCCUUUUACUUUCUGUAGAGAAAUAUUUGUCAAAAGAAGGGUCUGUUUUUUAUUUUCUUGGCCUUGUAGUAAAAAACAAACAAACAAACAAACAAAAAGAUUACUCUGCGUCCAGAAGUGCACUUAGUGACCCGAGGUAGUUACAAGCUUUGUAAACUGCCAUUUUGUAUACUGUAAAAAAAAAAAAAAAAAAAAAAAGAUUUUUGUUCUAUAUAA